CACUGUAGAAUAUUUUACAGGAUUUUGCUUUCAGAGGAGAGUGAGAGAGAGAAAGCAGAAAAUCAAAGAAGAAACAAUGGUGAACGAGCAACAACAAGAGAAAACAUUGUUAAUAAAAGCGGCACCACCGGUACGAAAGAAACUAGUUUCGAAGAAACCCAAAGAACCAGAACAACCAGAAUAUGAAAAUCCGACGAAGAAACGAAAAGAAACAGAACAAUCAGAAGAUGAAGAUUCAACUGCUAGCACAACAAAAAAAGCCAAGCGAAAUACUGGAUCACAGGAUAAGAAGAAACGAAAAGAACGUGCAAACGAAGAAGAUUCAACCCCCAUUACUGUGAAGAAAGAUUCAACAGAAAAAACAAGAUAUAGGUGCAGUUUUAGUGGCAUAUGUUACUUUGUGAAUAAAAAAUUUGAGAAGGAUGGAGAAAUCAGAAAACAAGAAAAUAAAAAAAGAAAGUCAGAUAAAAGUUUCGUGUGGUUCACUAAACUGCAGUUAGAGAAGCUUAUGGAUAGCCCAUUUUGGAAUGUACUAAAAUUUUUUAUUUUUGGAAGAAGAACGCAUAAAGCAGAUUGGUGGGGGAUUAAUGAUGCCAUAAUGAAAAUAGUGACAAGGUACAGCUCUGAUACUGACGAAGAACAUGCUUUUGUUUUUCACGAUUCAGAAAACAAUCAUGUGAUUGUAAAAAGCUCAUCUGAAAAAUUAGCUUGUUUUUUUGGAUUGAAAAUUGUGGACUUUGGAAUCCAUUCAAGUAGAGUAUUACAAACGCCUUCUGAAAUAGUGUCUGAUUCAGUGGUAGAUAGGAUGCAAGCUUUGAUACCAGGUGACAAAGAUGAUUCUCAGAUGCAGAAAUCGUUAAUAGAGAAGUCGAUUCUAUAUAUAAUGCGAGUCAAACCAGAAGAACAAACUGAAAAAGAUGCAGAAGAUUUGGAAAAAUUAUUUACUCUUCACUUGUGCGUAACAGUUUUCUUCACUCAACUAAAUGGGUCCUUGAGUUAUAAACAGUUUGGUGGAUACUUUAAGACAUUGCACAAAAUGAAUAGAACCUGCUGGCCAGAUCUUAUACACUCUUAUCUCAUGGAAAGCAUAAGAGGUCACAUUGAUUCACCCGGGAAAAUUUCUGGAUGUGGGAUGUAUUUGUUGUAUUUGUUUGUUGAACACUGUAAUGUUAUAAAACCAUACUACACUGGAUUGCCAAGGAUGGCGAAGUGGUCGGUGGCCAAUAUUGUUACUACAAUUGAAGAUGAUGUGGGUGGAGCAAUGAAACAGAUGUCGCGGACAUUGGUAACACCUUACCUAGCUGAAGAAAAAAGAAACAUAAUGUGGCAGGAGGGUUAUUUUGAAUUACUCAGAAAGUAUUCAGAGCUAGUUAAUUUCAUUGAAGAAAAAUCAAAAGAUCAUCUGCAAAACAUGAAGGACAAAGAUAAGCCAGAGUCAGACUUGUGUAAUAAGUCCGUACAAAUGUUGGAAGCAAUUUUUGACAAGAAAAGAAAACUAGCAAGUACUGAUAAUCAGAAAGAAGUUGCUGGUAGUUCAGUAUUUAAAGAACAACCUGAUCUUCACAGAGGAGAACAAAGUGGUCUUUGCAGCACUGAUAUAAAGGAGAAAGAAGAAGAGAAGAAAGAAGAAGAGAAUGAUGGUGGUUUAGUACCAAAAAAAGUUGGUAAUGUUUCUGAUUUUGAAUAUGACUUCGAGGAGGCUACAAAUAUUGGAAGUAAGAUGGUAAUGGAUGUACAAGACCAUCCCGAUUUCCCAUCCAAAGAAGAUGCAUUAACUCAUGGAGAAAAAAAUAAAGAAUGCGAAACUAAUGUGAUAAAAAUUGUUUAUGAAUCCAAUGAGAAAAUCCAGGAAGAUGGAUCUCAUAAGACAUCCAAUGAGAAGCAGGUUAACCACAUACCUACAUGGGCUAGAAAACGGUAACUGGUGGUGGAUUUCGGUUUUGCUUUUGAACAUGACUUCACUAUUAGUUGUAACAUAAAUUCAAUGUGGAUAAAUCUGCACACUAGAUUUGCAUCUGAAUCGCGUUCAAUUUCUUUCGAAUUUUUUGUC